CUGGUGGAGAUGACGUAGAUCCCCCACACAGUCGGCUGACUCUCCGCGGUAGAUGGCUGUCAGUUGGGGCUAGCCAGCUAACUCACCGUUGACAACGAUAACAUUCAGGCUAUAUUCACAAGACAGAAAUAUCAAUACCAAAAUGGAUCAACGGUUUGAGGAAAUAGAUUCGUCUGGGCAGUGGCAAAACCUUUAUAAUGAAAUCCGAAACCAAGCCAGCGACUAUUCGUAUAAGGUGGCAAAACUUCCAGAGAAUCAGAAUCGAAACCGAUAUCGAGAUGUCAGUCCCUAUGAUCACAGUCGCGUUAAACUUGAAAACUCUGAAAAUGACUACAUCAAUGCAAGUCUAGUCACAGUGGAGGAAGCCCAAAGAACCUACAUUCUGUCUCAGGGCCCCUUGAAGAACACCUGCGGUCACUUCUGGUUGAUGGUCUGGGAGCAGAACUCCAAAGCUGUUAUAAUGCUGAACAGAAUCAUAGAGAAGGGAUCUGAGAAGUGUGCUCAGUACUGGCCUACAGCCGAGGAACAGCAGCUGUCUUACACCGACACCGGGUUUGUCGUGACGCUGUUGAAGGAAGAGGACAUGUCCAACUACAUCAUACGAGUGUUGGAGCUGAGGAACACAGAGACAGGAGGAACCACAGAGAUAUACCACUUUCACUACACCACCUGGCCUGACUUUGGCGUCCCAGAAUCCCCGGCCUCUUUCCUCAACUUCCUGGUGAAGGUGCGGGAGUCUGGCUCAUUGGGGCCGGAGCACGGGCCCUCCGUGGUCCACUGCAGCGCUGGGAUUGGACGCUCGGGGACCUUCUCGUUGGUCGACACGUGUCUCAUCCUGAUGGACAAGAGGAAGGGCUCGUCGUCAGUGGACAUUCUGAGAGUUCUGCUGGACAUGAGAGAGUACCGGAUGGGUCUGAUCCAGACUCCUGACCAGCUACGCUUCUCCUACAGGGCUGUCCUGGAGGGAGCCAAGAGCAUCAUGGGAGACUGCCCUGUACAGAGCCAGAAGAGAGAGCUGUCCAGAGAGGACAGAGCAACAGUAUGCGAUUCACCGCCUGCCCCCCCUCCCAGGUGGCUCUCUGACACCCCCGCCCCCCCUCUACCCCCACCACGGCCUUUAGACACCCCCACCCCACCACGACCUUUAGACACCCCCGCCCCCCCUCUACCCCCACCACGGCCUUUAGACACCCACACCCCACCACGGCCUUUAGACACCCCCGCCCCCUCUACCCCCACCACGACCUUUAGACACCCCCGCCCCCCUCUACCCCCACCACGGCCUUUAGACACCCCCACCCCACCACGGCCUUUAGACACCCCCGCCCCCUCUACCCCCACCACGGCCUUUAGACACCCCCGCCCCCCCGUCCCCCAGUCGGCCCUCAGAAGAGCCCAACGGCCAGCCCUGUGUGGAGCCUGAGCCUGUGGCGUUGUCCAGAGAGGACCGGACAUCAGAAGACGGGACAGAUCCAGACAGCUCAGAGAAGGACCUGGCGGAGGU